GCAAUUACUGUUUCUGCUUGCCUCCGCCAACAGUGUCCAACGUACGUCAGGGUUAGCACUUAUUAGCACUAGCAGAGUUCCUUCCAGUUUAACUCGGUUUCUUAAGAUACUGCGUCGUUUCGUCCUACAUUCGACUCACUACUCCCAACGAUCGACACGGUUCUGUUCCCUGAUAUUGUGUUCCACACAGUUUCUCUUUUUAGGGUUUGGUAAUUAAUCGUUUCAAAUAAAAAGUUGUUGGAAGAGCCCAUUCAUUCUGCAUUUAAAUGGAUAGUAAAUCCUCCGGUUCCUCUACUAACUUAGUAGACCAAUUAGUGUGUCCUGGAGAUGUUGUUCUUGACCUUUCUACCAUGACAAACCAGACAAUUAAGCUUGGAGGUGGUCUAUGCCAGGACGGUGAUGUGAUUUCUGUGAUGAAGGCUGGCAGGCUAAGGUUCUCAAAGCCUAAUAAAUAUUGGGUUGAAGGUUCUCAAAAAAGGUAUGUGCCCCAUGCAGAGGAUUCCGUACUUGGAAUAGUUGUAGACUCCAGAUCAGAUAACUUUCUUGUGGACAUAAAAGGACCAGCUAUAGCAUUUUUGCCAGUGCUUGCAUUCGAAGGAGGAACUAGAAGAAAUAUACCCAAGUUUGAGGUAGGUACUUUGCUUUAUGUGCGGGUUGUAAAAGCAAACCCUGGAAUGAAUCCUGAGCUGUCAUGCACUGAUGCUAGUGGGAAAGCAGCAGAAUUUGGUGCUCUAAAAGAUGGCUAUAUGUUUGAGUGUACAACUGGUCUCUCAAGGAUGCUUCUCAGCUCACCCACAUGUCCAGUACUUGAUGCUUUCGGGAAGAAACUGUCCUUUGAGAUAGCAGUUGGCUUAAAUGGUCGUGUUUGGGUCAAUGCGUCAUCUCCAUCUUCAACUAUCAUCCUAGCUAAUGCAAUUAUGAACUCAGAGACAUUGAGUGGUGCUCAGCAGAGAAUAAUGGUUGAAAAGCUGCUGAAGAGUAUCCAUUGACAAAGUUAGUCAGGCGUGGCGAGACUCUCUACAAGCCUACAACCAAAAGCUAAGUGCAUGAGGGAUUUUCAUCACCUUCGCUGUUUAAUUCGAGUUACAUGGAAAAAAGAAUUGAGAAGUGCUUCGUUAAUAGGAAUUUAAUUGUCCGGUUAUAUUUUUCUUUGUCUCGACAAGAUAUCUAAGAGAAAGUUAAUCUUUUUCCUUGUUAUUUAUAUUUUUCAUUUGUACAAGUCUUAUAUACUCUAUUCUUUUAGUGAAGCUGUUCCGGCCUGCUUUUAUAAACUGUUUGUUAGAUUUAGGAUAUGUAAAGUGAUCUUAGGUAGCAAGCAUAUUAA